UCAGUGGCAGAGGGCCCAGCCACUCCUGUCAGCUCUACAUCCACAGUCCACAACGAGAAGUCCUUCUCUUAUCUCCCACAGACGUACUGGGGACUGGACCCUCUGCACCGAGCCUACGUCAAGAUGUUCGUCCGAGAUGUCUUGGAAAUGGACAUCUACCCCGGCCACCCCACCCUGAACGUCUACGCGUACAGGAAUCAUCCCAUCAGUCGUGUGGACCUGCUGGGGUGGGUGGUUCGUGUGGAGGAGAGAGAGAAACUGUUCAACUAUGCCAUCGAUGACGGCACAGGUGUGAUCAGCUGUACCUGCUGGAAACCCAGAGUCCCCGUUAAUACAGAAGAGGAUAUUGAUUAUGCUACACCUGGAACGUCGACAGAGCAAGAAGCAGCAGAGCAAGAGUUUACAGAGUUCUUAGCCUUAAAGACGCGGGAGAUUAAGAAAUGUGUCCGUGAGCUGAGACAGCCGGUGAAGCUUAGAGACUUGCUUCACGUCCGAGGACGGAUCAAGUCAUACCGCGGCAGAAGGGAAGUUGGCGCGGUGUAUUUCCGCUGCGUCGAUGACCCAACGUGCUCGGUGGAGAUAAACAGAACAAUGGAGCAGCUUCAGUUGUAUCAGGAUUUCUACGAUGUCCCGUUUCAGCCGCCAGGGAGUCAGGAGGGGGAAGAUGAUACAGAGGCAGGUGUCGUGAAAGCCCUACAAGACGCCAUCGCAGACUUUCUUAGCGCAAACAGCGCUGUCUUAAACUUUGACAUUAAGGAACUGGCCACAGUGGACAGUCUUAUGUCAGUUGUACAGAAAGCACAAAAGGAAAACAAUGCUACAAUGAAUGCAAAAGAAGUAAAUUCUCUCUUUACCCAGGCUGUUGGGGGUCUAGCAGACCUGGGUAUUGUGUACAAACGGAGUGACAAGGACAGCCUUUAUGUAGUUAUUGACAGGGACUCUGCCCUGGAGUCGGCUGUGUUAGAUAUCGUGAGGCGAGAGAGUCAAAACCCAAAGUACUCGGAGUCAGGGUGUCACUAUCUGCAUGUUCUGGACUGUUUAAGGAUGAAGCACAGGUUUUCUGGUGUCAGCCCCAAAGUUGUGGGUCGUAUCUUAGACAAGUUGGAGUCACAGAGUGACAUCAUCAGCACAUCAGAAAACCACUACAUAGCCUUCUAGUAUAGUCAGGAUUACCUUAAAAUUACACAAAUGGAAGAACUGUAUCUUAUUUAUAAUAUUUUAGUACAUUGAGAUUGUCUUGAUCUAGAUGUCUAUUUCCAACAAAUAAUAAAACUGA